AUCAAUAUCAGUGCAUGGGUGGGGUUAGAAGGGAUCUCACCAUCAAAGGCAGAGAUGAAAAGUCGAGGAAGCUGUGAUUCAGCUUGUGUUUGUCUUUGGAGUGUUAUCGCUAUCUCUCAAAUGUGCCUCUGAACGUGACAUUACCGUUUGCAUGUACCCAUUUUUCAAGCACACGCAAGGUUCUCACUUUUCUCUUUCUUAUUGCUCUCUUCUCCUAAGCCACAGUUUAUCUCAAAAAUCGCUUAACUUUGUCAAAGUCGUGCAUGCCAACUUCAUCAAACUGGGUCUUAACACCUACACCUAUUUGGGUAAUCGCUGUAUCAACCUUUACUCAGAGCUCGGCCACAUCAAUGAUGCAUUGAAGGUGUUUGACGAUAUUUCUCAUAAGAACACCACGUCCUGGAACAUUUGCUUAAAAGCGUUGCUGAAGAGUGGCCAGCUCGGCAAGGCCUGCCACGUGUUUGGUGCAAUGCCUGCUAGAGAUGUUGUUAGUUGGAACUCCCUGAUUUCGGGUUAUGCUUCUUGUGGGUUUUUAAGUCAUGCGUGGGAGAUUUUCGUUGAAAUGCAAGGCACUGGUGUGAAACCAAGUGAGUUCACUUUCUCCAUUGUGCUGUCACUCGUGCCAAGCCUCUCUCAUGCUAAACAGAUUCAUUGUAGGAUCAUCAGAAGUGGAAUGGAUUUGGAUAAUGUAGUUCUUGGGAAUUCGUUAAUAACAAUGUAUGGAAAGAUUGGUCUUGUUGAAUAUGCUUUUGGUGUGAUUAUGACUAUGAAACACUUUGAUGUUAUAUCUUGGAACUCUUUGAUCUGGGCCCGUCUAAGAGCUGGGAACCAUGAGCAGGCUUUGGAGCUGUUCUAUCAGAUGAGAAAUGCUGAUUUACCCGAUCAGUUUACAUGUUCAAUGUUAAUGAGUGCCUAUUCUAACUUGCGAGACUUGGACAAGGGUAAGCAGGUUUUGGCCUUUUGUUUCAAGAUGGGAUUUGUUUAUAAUAGCAUUGUAUCCAGUGCUGCUAUUGACCUCUUUUCCAAAUGCAACAGAUUGGAGGAUUCUGUUCAGCUCUUUAAGGAACAAGAUCAAUGGGAUUCAGCUCUAUGCAAUUCCAUGAUUUCAGGCUAUGCUAGACAUGAUUUAGGGGCAGAUGCUUUGCGAAUUUUUGUGCUGACCUUGCGGAAGAAUAUCAGGCCAACAAAAUACAUGGUUAGCUCUCUUCUAAGUUCUGUUUCGGUUUUGUUACCAGUUGAAGUGGGUAAUCUAAUCCAUUCUUUGGUUCCUAAACUGGGUUUUGAGUCAGAUGCAGUUAUUGCCAAUUCACUUGUUGACAUGUAUGCCAAAUUUGGGUUUAUUGACGAUGCCUUGAAUAUCUUCAAUGAAAUGAAAAUUAAAGAUUUGGUAUCAUGGAACACUAUACUGAUGGGACUGACUUACAAUGGGCGAGUGUCUUCUACCAUGGACCUCUUUAGGGAAUUAUUGACUAGAGAAGACAUGCUUCCAGAUCGAAUUACACUAACUGCAGUUCUACUUUCAUGCAACUAUGGAUUAUUGGUUGAUGAAGGAAUUGAAAUAUUUUCAUUAAUGGAGAUUAAAUUUGGAGUAAAACCAGGAGAAGAACAUUAUGAAUGUGUUGUGGCGAUGUUGAGUAAAGCUGGCAAGCUCAAAGAAGCCAUUGAUAUCAUAGAAACAAUGCCAUAUAGAAUUACCUCUGGCAUUUGGAGGUCAAUUCUUUCUGCAUGUGCAGUUUAUGGAGACUUGCAAAUUAUAGAAGGAGUUGCAAAGAAAAUAAUCGAUAGUGAAACACAGACAUCCUUACCUUACUUGGUAUUGGCUCAAACAUAUCAAAUGAGAGGUAGAUGGGAGACCAUGGUUCGAAUGAGGAAGGCUGUGGAAACUAUAGGUACUAAAGAGGUCAUCGGACACAGUUGGAUUGGAAUUAAAAAUAACUUAUACACUUUUUCAUCGAAUCAGUUACAACAUUAUGGUGGCAAGGAUCUUUAUCUGCUGUUGAAUUUACUGGUCUGGGAGAUGGAGACUGAAGGCUAUUUCUAAAAUAUUAUAGGCCUAAAAAUGUAAGAAAAAUUGUAGCAGUUGGCAAGGAAUAUGAAUGUUGACUGAAAGUGAUAGUGCCAGAGGAGGGGGGAAGGAGGCAGAAAAUAUGAUUUAGCGUUACAGAGUACAAAUUAAAUCAAUUAUUUCUAUUAGUUUUCAUAAAAUAUUAUUUACACGAUACUCAUUCCUUCGUUGUUAAUCGAUGUCAGAAUUCGUUUAGUUUCACUAUAAUAAAAGAAUGGUUGGAACACUGUAACACUUAGUACAUUCUCUAAUGUAAAUGGAAUAAUGACUUGUUUUGA